AUGGGGACAUCAUGGCAUAAUGUGAAUGGGAAGAUUUGGAUUUUUGUGGAUGCAGAAAUUCAAGUAGAAAUAAUGAGAGAUACAGAACAACUGUUAUCCUGUAGAUUCACUUAUUUGGGUGAUGGGCAAGAGUUGGUGCUUACAGUUGUUUAUGCGAGUACUGAUAGAAGUGGGAGAAUAGCUCUAUGGGAGGAUCUAUAUGACAUGUCUUCACACAUCACCAUCCCAUGGCUUGUGGGUGGGGAUUUUAAUGUCAUUACAGAUGACAUUGAGAAAUUUGGGGGUCUUCCUGUACAGUUUGCAGAAACAAAGGAUUUUAGACAAUGUAUAGACAUUUGCCAACUGAUGGAUCUUGGUUUUACUGGAAGUAUGUUCACAUGGUGGAAUGGGAGAUCGGAUGAGGUGGGAAGAGCUCUCUCUAAGUGGAGUAGGGACACUUAUGGUGAUAUCUUCAAGCAAAUUGCAACUCUGGAGGAAGUGGUGCAGGUGCAUGAGCAAGAAUUUGAACAGAAUCCUACAGGGCUUAACAGGGAAAGGCUACAAAGGGUACAAGCUGAUCUGAUCAGGUUUUAUGCUAUUGAAGAAAAAUUUUGGAGACAAAAAGCAGGGAUGCUGUGGUUUCAGGAUGGAGAUAGGAACACAAAAUUCUUUCAUGCUCAUGUCAAUGGAAAGAGAAUAAAGCUACAAUUACAGAGAAUUCAAGAUCAUACAGGUACAUGGCUGGACACUGAAGAGGAGAUUGCACAAGAAGCAAUCAGAUUUUUCUCAGACCAAUUCAAAGAGGAAAAUAACCCUACAGAUUUCUCUAUGCUUGAUAAGAUUCCUAAAAUGGUUACAGAAGAACAAAAUCAACAACUCUAUGAAAUGCCAGAUGAAGCAGAGGUGAAAAGAGCAGUUUUUGGUUUAAAUGCAGACAGUGCAGGGGGUCCUGAUGGUUUCACAGGAAGAUUUUUCCAAGCUUGUUGGGAAAUUAUUGCAAAUGACUUGGUGACCAUGGUGAGAUCAUUCUUCUGUGGGCAUGAACUCCCAAGCAAAGUUAUUUCAAGAAUCAUUCAUGAAAGACUGAUAUAUCUGCUACCUGAGAUCAUUUCACCUCAGCAAUCAGGAUUUGUUAAAGGCAGGAGUAUUGUAGAAAACAUUUUGUUGGCUCAGGAAAUUGUACAUGAUAUUAGGAUUAGAGGAAAGCCUGCAAAUGUUGUCAUUAAGCUUGACAUGGAAAAGGCUUAUGACAGAAUUCCUAAAAAGGAUUUUCCAUUCACAUAUUUGGGUGUACCAAUCUACUAUGGGAGAAGAAGGAACAUUCACUACAAGGAGAUAAUAGAAAAGAUUCAGAAUAGACUGAGCUCAUGGACUGAUUCAUAG